AUGCCGAACCAGCAGAAGAAAAUCAUCUUUUGUAUGGCCGGUGUGCUGAGCUUCCUCUGUGCUCUCGGAGUCGUGACAGCAGUGGGGACCCCGCUGUGGAUUAAAGCCACUAUCCUCUGCAAAACGGGGGCUCUGCUUGUCAACGCCUCAGGGGAGGAGCUGACCAAGUUCAUGGGCGAGAUGCAAUAUGGGCUUUUCCACGGAGAAGGCAUAAGGCAAUGUGGGUUAGGAGCAAGGCCUUUCCGGUUCUCAUUCUUCCCAGAUUUGCUCCAAGCCAUCCCCGUGAGCAUCCACGUCAAUAUCAUUCUAUUCUCCAUGAUUCUGGUCAUCUUAACCAUGGUGGGGACAGCCUUCUUCAUGUACAAUGCUUUUGGCAAGCCCUUUGAAACGCUGCAUGGCCCACUAGGGCUAUAUCUCGUGAGUUUUAUUUCAGGCUCCUGUGGCUGUCUUGUCAUGAUAUUGUUUGCCUCUGAAGUGAAAAUCCACCGCCUGUCGGAAAACAUCGCAAACUUUAAAGAAGGGACCUAUGCCUACAAGACGCAAAAUGAAAACUAUACCACCUCGUUCUGGGUGGUCUUCAUUUGCUUUUUUGUUCACUUUUUGAAUGGGCUCCUGAUACGGCUUGCUGGAUUUCAGUUCCCGUUUGCAAAAUCUAAAGACACGGAGACUGCUAAUGUGGCUGCAGACUUAAUGUACUGA